AUGGCGGAAGAAACCACACCGUUAACCACUGGAAUGUCACCGCCCUUGGGUCCGGCAUACGUUUUCCCAGGCGGUGUGUCACCACGGUUGCGCCGUAAUCGGAAAAUGCAACAAUUUCAAUGCUGUCUCGGCAUCACUGUUGUACUCAUUGUUCUCGCCGCUUUAAUUGCCGCAUUUGUGCUUGUUGAAGAGCCGGAGGAACCGCCGACUCCGAUACUGCUUGCGGCCGCUGCCAUAAAUGAAACAAAUCCGGCGAAUAGCAGUGCGAAAGCAAGCGCCGCACUAGAAGCCGCAACGACACCGUUGGCCGACGAACCCAACACUGAGUGGGCAUUAAAACGAGCACACAUAAACCGCACACAAAGCGGAGAGGCAGUGGGUGCCGGCGUAAAGGCGUUAGGUGACCGCGAAAUUUUAGAGGAAAGCCAACAAUUGACGCCCGUACACAGUCCCGCCUACCGGCAUUACCGCGCGCUUAGCAACGGUCCGGAGGCACGCAAAUUGGCACGACGCGGUUAUGUGGAAAAUCAUGCGACUACGCAUAUUGCAGCACUGUUGAACUAUACGAAGCCGAAGGGGCGCCAUAACAUUGGCAAUGGGCCGACAAUUGAGCUGCCCGAUCCGACAAUGAACUUUACAUGCGAUUUCAAUGCGCGUUAUCGUCCGGCUAGUGGCGUGUGCAACAACAAGGCACAUCCGCGUUUGUACGGUGCUGCCAUGAUCCCUUAUAGACGCAUGGUGGCGCCCGAUUAUGCGGACGGUAUUUCUAUGCCGCGUGUCAGUCAUGCUAGCGAUGGUACUCAAUUGCCACCGGCGCGUAAAGUUUCUUUGGAUAUACAUCGUGCUGCUUAUGAUACUGAUGCCAAUUUUACUGUUAUGUUGGCUGUUUUCGGUCAGUUCCUCGAUCACGACAUAACAGCCACUUCACUAUCCUCUUUGCCGGAAGGUGAAUCGAUCGAUUGUUGCGCCUUAACUACAUCGGAGAUGCAUCCGGAGUGUUACCCAGUGCCGAUAUUGCCGGAUGAUCCGUAUUAUCAGCGUUACAAUGUGACUUGUUUGAAUUUUGUACGUUCUGCUCCUGCACCGACCGGACAUUUCGGUCCACGACAACAACUCAACCAAGGCACCGCUUUUAUUGAUGGUUCUGUGGUGUAUGGCUGUACGGAGCAACGGCAACGGCAUUUGCGUACCAUGUUGAACGGUACAAUGCGUAUGUAUAUUACUGGCAAUGGACGGCAAUUGUUGCCGUUAUCUACCAAUUUAGAAGACGGUUGUAAUCGAGUGGAAAUGGCAGCGGCCGGAAAAUAUUGCUUCGAAUCAGGCGAUGAUCGUGCCAAUGAAAAUUUGUUGCUGACAUCGAUGCAUCUGCUUUGGGCGCGUCAUCAUAACUUUUUGGCACGUGGCUUGCAGUCAGUCAAUCCCCAUUGGGAUGAUGAGACAGUCUUUCAGGAAUCGCGAAAGAUUUUGAGCGCCAAAAUGGCACAUAUUACAUACAAUGAGUUCCUGCCGAUUCUAGUUGGUGAAAAAUUGGCUAAGAAAAAGGGUUUGUUGCCAAGUACAGAUGAUUUGGACGCGCCCGACACCUACGACAAAAGUGUGGAUCCCAGCAUAGCGAAUUGCUUUGCGGGCGCAGCUUUCAGAUUUGCGCAUACAUUGUUGCCGGGAGUACUCAACGCCACAAGUGACAACAGCGUGCCGGAAUCUAUCGAACUGCAUACAAUGCUCUUUAAUCCCUUUUCUCUCUGGUCGGAGCAUGGUAUCGAUCGUGCGCUCUUAACCGCCAGCAAUACGGCUGUGCUGCGUGUUAAUCGUUUCUUUUCCUACGAGGUGACGCAAAAGAUAUUUGAAGGACGCCCUGAAGAAGAUAUGAAACCACUUUGCGGACUCGAUCUUGUUUCACUGAACAUACAGCGUGGUCGUGAUCAUGGUCUACCAGCGUAUCCAGUAUUUCGAAAACAUUGUAACCUACCAUCUACAGAUACGUGGGAAGAAAUGGCAAACGCCAUUGAUGCAAAUACGCUGCAGUCCAUAAGGAAAAUCUACAGCUCACCGCACGAUGUCGAUGUUUACACGGGCGCAUUGAGCGAGCCUCCAUUGGAUGACGCUAUAUUUGGACCAUUGCUCACGUGUUUGGUAUCAGACCAAUUUAUGCGUCUAAAGCGGGGUGACUCUCAUUGGUACGAAAGAAAGAUGGGACCGCAACGCUUUACGAAAGCGCAAUUACGUCAGAUCUAUAAUGUCACUUUAUCGAAGAUCAUUUGCCAGAAUGCGGAUGCUGUGGAACAGGUGCGGAAAUACGUCAUGAAACAAAGUAAGGAUAGUGCUAACGGCUACGUAAAUUGUAGCGAAAUAGAGCAUUUCGACUUCAGCGCCUGGGCCACAACGCCACGCCCAGUCAAGUUGCAUAGCGUCGCGGUGAGUGAUGCCAAAAGCUUGAUACGAGUAAUUCACGAAAAUGGCAACAGCACAGCGUCGCCAAUGCCGAAGAAGCUUAUGGAACCGAGCAAAGAGUGAAAAUGCAAAUAAAUCUUGAAUAAAUUUAA